GUGAGCGAUGUAGACGAGGACGAUGACCUCUCUGACGCCUGAUCCAUCGCCCUCGACCGCCAUAUCAUUCGCUCACCGAUAGGACUGUCUUUUCGGAAACCCCCAGCAAAUGUCUUCUCCUUUUUUCCCUCACCUUCAACCUUUCACUUUAUACCUCUUGUCGAUUUCUUUCCACGGUCAUGAAACAUGCACGAUACCCCUACAUACCAACUUUUCAUUUUUCCUUUUCUGUUUUCAACGCAAGGACAUGCAUAGCGAGGUGGCACCUUUGACGUGUGGUAUUAUGAUGGGCCGGCGUUCUGGCAUGCAAAAUAAGUAUCUAUCGACCUGUUUAUUUAACAUAUUUUCUAUUCCCUGCUCUAUCUCCGCAUUUUGUAUUUUGAUCCGCAUUAGCUAGAUAUCUGACUAGCAGAUGUGACUGUCUUUGAUACAUGCCAAUAGAAGUGCAAUAUACCAG